CGCGGGCGGGCGUGCCCCGGAAGCAGUUCUUUGGGCCGGUGACACGUAGCAACAGGGCUACUGCAGGGUCUGGAACUGAGUUUUGGGGGGUUACUAGGGGCCGCUGGAGCUGCAGCCGCCGCCGGGGGAGCGUUUGAUCGUUGGCCAUGUCAGGCUUUGAUAACUUAAACAGCGGUUUCUACCAAACAAGUUACAGCAUCGACGAGCAAUCUCAGCAGUCCUAUGACUAUGGAGGAAGUGGAGGACCUUACAGCAAGCAGUAUGCUGGCUAUGACUACUCGCAGCAAGGUCGAUUUGUCCCUCCAGACAUGAUGCAGGCACAGCAGACAUACACUGGGCAGAUUUACCAGCCAACUCAGGCCUAUCCUUCAACUGCACCUCAGACGUACUAUGGAGACAGCUUUGAGGAGGAGCCUCCUUUGUUAGAAGAGUUGGGUAUCAAUUUUGAUCACAUCUGGCAAAAAACACUAACGGUGCUGCACCCCCUGAGAGUGGCUGACGGCAGCAUUAUGAAUGAGACCGACCUGGCAGGGCCCGUGGUAUUCUGCCUUGCCUUUGGAGCCACACUGUUACUGGCUGGCAAAAUCCAGUUCGGCUAUGUAUAUGGGAUCAGUGCAAUUGGAUGUUUAGGAAUGUUUUGUUUGUUAAAUUUAAUGAGUAUGACAGGUGUCUCAUUUGGUUGUGUGGCAAGUGUCCUGGGGUAUUGUCUUCUUCCCAUGAUCCUGCUGUCCAGCUUUGCAGUGGUAUUUUCUUUACAAGGAAUGGUAGGAAUUCUUCUCACUGCGACGAUCAUUGGCUGGUGUAGUUUUUCGGCUUCCAAAAUUUUUAUUUCUGCAUUAGCCAUGGACGGACAACAACUUUUAGUGGCAUAUCCUUGUGCUUUGUUGUAUGGAGUCUUUGCCCUGAUUUCCAUCUUCUGAACUGAUUUGUCUGGGAUGUGGAUGUCAGUGGGCCGAACUCACCCAAAGGACCUUGGACUCUUCAAAUUGGACCAGCAAAGCACUGCAGUGCAGCUAGCUCAUGCCGAUGACCAGUAGCCUGGAAGCAGCAGCAGUAGACAAGUCUUUCGUUCAUUGGUACAGGACAGUUGACAUUGUGUGGAGUCCCUGCAAAUGACUAGCUCUGCGUGCUUAUUCUUACACAGCUAAGAAGUACAAUUUCUUUCCUGAUCCUGCAGCCUUUGACAAACAACUCUUUUCCUCACAAAUUAUAUUAUGAUGUUUUUGAUAGAUUUUUACCAAAUGGGAAACCAACCACAAAGCUGAUAAUCUUUCCCAAAAACAAUCCAGUUACAGUAAAGAAGAAACAAGUCUUAUUGCAGAAAUAUUUUUCCAAGGAAUUAGGAAAGAAAAUGCUUGCAGUAUCCUCAAGUUAAGUGCACUGAAGUAAAGCUGAACAAACAAAAUCCCAAUGCAGAGCUUUCUGAGUUUACGCUUCAAAUAUUUGACAUUCCUAUAAAUUGUCUCAUGAAAUCUGUGCUGAAAUUCAGAGAUACAAGCAGUUCACAGUCUACCUUGUGGAGAUGAAAUGUGAACAGUUAUUUAGACAUUAGGGUCAACUAAUCUGGACUGGCCACAUGAUGCUUAGUUUUGUCCACAUGUCCCAGGAAGAAGAAAUCAAUAACCUUUUUUUUUUUUUUUAUUGAGAAAAAAAAUAUUUAAAAUUUCACAAUUUCAGUAUUGCUGUUAUCAAUGUACAGUGAAUUUGAUGCUUAUUAAAUUUUCCCAAUUAACUCUGCUGUUGAGUUUAUUUUCACUAAACUACUAUUUUCUGUCUUGUUUUCAUUAGGGUUUCAUUUUGACUCCUGAUUUAAACCAAGUUUUAGAAAUAGAAGUCAUUCUAGUGUAGAACCAGACAAAUAUGAAGUGAGAAGCAGUUUUCUUCGAAUGGCAGUGUUAGUUCCUGAUUUUAAACUCACUUGGGUUUGUAUCAUUACACCAUCUGGUAAGAGAGUCUGUAGGGAAAUGCUGUAUAUCUUGUGUGUGGACUCCUGGCUUUAAAACACCUCAGGUUCUGGACAGUAUUCCGUAAUAGUUAUGAGCAAGGAUGGAAUGGAAACUAAAGUCUCAUGUUUUUCAUAAGAGGGGGCCAGCAGCCAAAAGAAAAAUACCCUAGAAUGCUAAUGCUGUAUUUUAGAAUAUGUUGUCAGGUAGAAAAGGAGCCUCACACACAGGUUCUUCCUUUAGUCUUGAUGUUCUGGGUUUAGGUACUGACGGUGAGUCUUGGGCACAUUUUCACAUUCAACCAAUCACUUUUGAAGCGUGUCUCCAGUCUUGGUAGUCCCUUCCCCCUUCUCUGGCUUGUUUGCUUGCCUUUGGAGAGUGAAUGUUGAGACAGGAUCUCUUGCAGCCCAGGCUGAGCUUGAACUCCUAACAUUGUCAUUUUCGAUUCAUUUUACAUAGUUCUUGUUGAGGCAAAUUCGCGGAUGUCUUCUGUUAAUAUGCUGCUCUUUAUAGUGAAUAAGGAAGAUAAUGCUUGAGAAAUUGUCUCACACUUGGUUAUAUUUAACCCACUGUUACCCAAUUCCCCCAGAUAAACCUAAUUUUCUUACCAUUUGUUGCUUCCCUUCAUCAAAAUCUUUUUUAUUUAAAUCAUUAUUCUGUGGUUUUAUGCUGGUGUUGGCUAUGUUUCUUUUAAAUGUCCUUGUAUGCUACUGGCAUACAAUUUGUUCCCGUGUUCAACAAAAAGUUACCAACAUGAGAUAUUUAACAUUUAAUUAUUUUUCUAUAAAAAUGGAUACAUAAUGUAAUUGCAUCUGAUACAUGGUUUAAUUUAAAAAUUUGCUUAGCACAUUAAUCAUGUAUAGCACUUCUUCACGAAACUCUUAAGCAAAAAUCAAUAUAAUGUAACCACAUUUGUGCAUAUGUUGAAAUAUAAUAUAGUAUGUCUGGUAAGUGUUGUAUGGCAGCCUUUUUGGUAAACAGUAUAGCUUAAAGUUCACCAUUUGAAUAAUUGAAAGCUGCUAUGAGGGCACAGAUUGACACAUUUCACACCUCACUGUUGGUCUUGUAUUCAGUGAGUGGAGCAGUACGUCGGCACUAGUGAGUGAUUCCUGUAUACUGAUGUGCAUGCCAAGGUCAUAUUUUACAUGUGGUUGGUUAAUUAUGCCUAUGGUCUACAUGUACAUUUUACAUCUUUCCUGUAAUUGUGUAUUGCCUACUGUUUUCAAGAACCAUACUAGGUUUGUAGACAAACUUUAUUCAUGUGCAGACACAAAGUUUGCUCAUCUUUUGAAAUCAGAAAAUCAACAAAAUGAUGAGUUUCAUAAAUGCAUUUUUGUACAUUUAUAUAAGGACUGUUGAUAAGAAUAAAACCAUGCCUUUGUGGGUAAAUGGAUAGAACUGGAAUUCAUCAUGUUAGAUGAAUUGCACAAUACUUAGAGAACUAUCAGAUAAUUCAGGUAGAAGAAAAUGGAGUGAAGAGGAAUAGAGAGCAGUGAGAAAGGGGAAGAUUUCACCUGUCAACGUCAAAUACAGCAGCAGGUCUACUCAAGCAAUGCCUCACAUUCAACCUGUCCUUGCCUGGUGUUCACUGAGAUGUCACAUCAAAUCCCAGCUGCUAGUUAUUCCAUGGUCUCCAUUUUUAUAAACCCCAAGGGUUUUUUUAGGAAUAAAAGCUUAAUUUAUCAAGCAGUAUAUCUCAUUGCAUGCUUAUUUUAAAACCCAGAUUUUAGAAACAAAACAUUUACUAUCAAGCAAGAAGCAAAAGUACUUUCUCAUAAGUACACUUCAUAUUUAUAUGAAUUAAGCAUUUUUUCUCUUUAAAGUAUAAUUAGGAUUGUGUUUGUGAUGGAGUGGGAAUAACAAGAUAUUAUUGGCAGUAUCAUAAGGAAGAGUUGGCUCAUAAUGCUUUUCAUGGGUAGAUGAGACUGACUUGUUAGCUUAUCCCCCAACGUGUCCUGUUUAUUUUCAAGCCGCCUAAAUAAAGCCUAGUCUUCUGUC